AUGUUUCAAUUUAUGAAAAAUGUGGAGAAGCCGCCUCUUGGCGACCGAAAGUCGUAUAUGCCCAUUCCAGAAGCCAAGUUAAUAGGCGAAGUCGAGCGAUACAUUGCCCAGCCGGAGUUUUUUUCGGAUGUUCAAGUGACAAUAAAGUUGCAACGCAUCUUCUAUUUGCAGUACAGCGAACUGGCUGCCAAGUUGGAGGUUGAUCUUACAGCGGUUUUAACGCGUUUGGAUGCUGCCAAGAAUAAUUUGGAACUGGUAAAGAAGUUCAUGGACAAUCCGGGUGAGGAGUUCCAGAGCCUGGUGCAAGUAACCCGUGGAGUAUUCAGAUGGGUUACCGUUUUGCCAGUGAAAAAGGUUACCCUUCAAGUGGGCUCGGCUCUGCAAAUGGAUUUUGAUCUGCCGGAGGCGGAGGAUUUUAUCAAAAAGGACAUUACAACCUUGGUCAAGCAGCGACUGCAACAUGAGCACGAUAUUGACUUUUUGCAGGAUCAGGUGAACACAAUCGAGAUGAACCUAGCUGUUUUAUACAAGCAUUGUCUCGAUAAGGAAAAGCGAGCUUUGGAAGGAGGUUUGACUGGUUUUUCUUCCGGUUCUUAG